AUGUCUUCCACCAGAUCUCUCUACAGGCUCGCCGCCAGCGCAAGCAGGCAGGCUCGUCCUUUGCAGAAGCAAACCCGAUCCGUCUUCAGCUCGACAGCACCCUCAAGGACGAUACGGUCAUUCGCACUCAACAAGCUUCAAUUGCCCUCGGCGCGCAGCUUCUCCGUCUCGGCCUUCAAGUCGCAUGGCCACAUUACCCCUCCCAAGGCGGGCGAAGAGCUCUAUGUCACUUUCAUCGACAAGGACGGCGACGAGUACAAGAUUGCCGUCAGCGAAGGAGACAACCUCCUUGACAUCGCGCAAGAUAAUGACUUGGAGAUGGAGGGUGCGUGUGGAGGCUCCUGCGCCUGCUCGACCUGCCAUGUUAUUGUUGUCGACGAGGAGCACUACGACAAGAUGCCCGAGCCCGAGGAUGACGAGAACGACAUGCUCGACCUCGCAUUCGGCCUGACCGAGACGAGUAGGUUAGGAUGUCAAGUCACGAUGACAAAGGAGCUCGACGGUCUCAGGGUCAAGCUGCCGUCCAUGACCCGCAACCUCCAGGCCAGCGACUUCUCAUAA